UUCCACACUAAUAAGCAAAAAACAAUCAGAUUUUCAGCAAUCUUGUCUCUGUUUCUUGUUAACAAAAUGGCUACUUUCCUCAAUUUAUCACCGCCACUUAUGGCUGCUUUACUCUGCAUAGCUAGCUUCUCUCUUUGGCUACUUCCUGAAGUUGCUACUGCAGGCAUUACUAGGCACUACAAAUUCAAUAUAAGAUUGCAAAAUGUGACAAGAUUGUGCAACACCAAGACCAUCUUGACUGUCAAUGGCAAGUUUCCCGGCCCUCGGAUUAUCGCUAGAGAGGGCGACCGUGUCGAGAUCAAGGUUGUUAAUCGUGUCCCCAACAAUGUCAGCAUCCAUUGGCAUGGUAUCCGGCAGCUUCAGAGCGGGUGGGCAGACGGGCCGGCGUACAUCACUCAGUGUCCCAUUCAAACUGGCCAGACUUAUGUAUACAACUUCACGAUCACCGGCCAAAGAGGAACUCUGUGGUGGCAUGCUCAUAUCUCAUGGCUAAGAGCAACUCUCUAUGGACCUCUUAUUGUCUUACCCAAACACAAUGUGCCUUACCCUUUCGCUAAACCGCACAAGGAAGUUCCCAUCAUCUUUGGAGAGUGGUGGAAAGCCAAUACAGAGGCAGUUAUAAACCAGUCAUUCGUAACCGGAGCCGGCCCUAACGUCUCCGAUUCAUUCACCAUCAAUGGACUCCCUGGGCCAUUGUACAAUAUUUGUUCUCCAAAUGAAACAUUCAAGCUGAAGGUACAGCCCGGGAAAACUUACCUCCUCCGUCUGAUCAACGCUGCACUCAACGAUGACCUCUUCUUCAGAAUAUCAAACCAUUCCCUCACCGUAGUCGAAGCCGAUGCAGCAUACAUUAAACCAUUCCGAACGGAGACUUUGGUCAUUGCACCGGGUCAGACCACGAACGUUCUCCUUAGAACCAAACCGAACCCUCCCGUUAACUCCUCUUUCCUAAUGGCCGCCAGACCUUAUUUCACCGGCAGGGGCACUUUCGACAACUCCACAGUCGCCGGCAUUCUUCAAUAUGGAAUAGGAAACCCCUCUCCUAAGAAUCUCCCAGUCCCAAUUCUCCCUCCGAUCAACGCGACUGCCUUUGUUGCAAAUUUUUCCAGCAAAUUCCGCAGUUUGGCAAAUUCCCAAUUCCCCGCCAACGUUCCCCAAACUGUCCAGAAGCGAUUUUUCUUCACGGUAGGCUUAGGGACCAACCCCUGCCCAAAAAACCAAACUUGCCAAGGCCCUACCAACACCACGAAAUUCACGGCUUCGAUGAACAACGUGUCCUUCAUUCUCCCCAAAACUGCACUCCUCCAAUCCUACUUCACCCGAAGAACCAACGGAGUUUUCACCACCAAUUUCCCGACCACUCCUUUAGUCCAGUUCAACUACACGGGAACGCCGCCUAACAAUACGAUGGUGAUGAACGGCACGAAAGUGGUGGUGCUGAAUUUUAACACCACCGUGGAGUUGGUGCUGCAGGAUACUAGCAUUCUUGGGGCCGAGAGCCACCCCCUUCAUCUCCAUGGGUAUAACUUUUUCGUCGUUGGACAAGGGUCUGGAAACUUUGAUCCUAACAAGGAUCCUGCUAAGUUUAACCUUGUUGACCCUGUUGAGAGGAAUACUGCCGGCGUGCCGUCUGGUGGGUGGGUUGCGAUCCGGUUCCAGGCUGAUAACCCAGGGGUAUGGUUCAUGCACUGUCACUUUGAAGUGCACUUGAGCUGGGGAUUGAAGAUGGCUUGGCUCGUUUUGGAUGGCAAACUCCCUAACCAGAAGCUGCCCCCUCCGCCGUCCGAUCUUCCUACCUGUUGAUCCAGCUAGCUUUUGAUCACUCUGCCGCCGGUUUCUUCAAGCACAGGAAUAUGUUGCGUAAAUUAUCAUACCCGUCUUUCUGUUUUUUGCCUUUCUCUGUCAGUUUUGCCGAGAAGAAAUGUCGCUAGAGAGUGUAGCCAGGCAAAUAUUGGUAUUGUGUUUUUCUUUUCUUUUGUUUUUCCUUUCUUUUUCUUUUGCGUGGCAAUUGGCAUUGAGUUGAUUACUUGGGGCUGUUUGUGUGUAGCUAUUUGACGAUUGCAGGAGAGAAAAAUUGUACACUUGAUCCAUUUUAUUUUAGCAAAAUUUGAGUUGUGGAGAGCCUCACGGCAUGGAGAAAACG